CUAUUAUAUAAAACGUUCUCUGGCCGGCGAGGUUGUAGGAUUUUCUCGAAGAAAGUCAUCUGUAUCUACCUUCCGAUGUGUGGACUUUGACCGAUCUUGAUCGGAACAGUCGUCGCCGUCGAUGGGGCAUUGCUGCAGCAAGAAUGUUUCAGUGUCAGUCGACGACACCGCCGCCGUCACCGCCGGUGGCUCCACCGCACCCGACAACCGAGCCAACUUGCCGCUCCGGCCCGCGCUACCUGUUGCCAACGGCACCGCCGAAACCCCGUCCAGCAAGAGCACUCCAGCUCAUUCUUCUCCCAGCCCAUGGCAAAGUCCGUACCCCGCCGGGAUUGCUCCGUCGCCUGCGAGGACUCCGAGGAAGAUUUUCAAGUGGCCUUUCCCUCCACCGUCGCCGGCGAAGCCGAUCAUGUCGGCGAUUUUGAAGCGGCAGGGGCCGCAGAAGCCGAAAGAGGGGCCGAUACCGGAAGAACACGCCGGAGAAGCGGACAUCCAGCUCGAUAAGAACUUCGGCUAUCCGAAGAACUUAACGGCGAAGUAUGAAUUGGGGAAGGAGGUUGGUCGAGGGCAUUUCGGUCAUACAUGUUGGGCCAAGGGUAAGAAGGGAGAACUGAAGAAUCGACCUGUGGCCGUGAAGAUAAUCUCCAAAGCUAAGAUGACAACAGCAAUAUCAAUUGAGGAUGUUCGUAGGGAAGUGAAGAUAUUAAAAGCAUUGUCUGGACAUGAGAAUCUGGUCAAAUUUUAUGAUGCCUUUGAAGAUGCCCAUAAUGUCUACAUUGUAAUGGAAUUGUGCGAAGGUGGAGAACUACUUGACAGAAUUUUAUCCAGAGGUGGGAGAUAUAUAGAACAGGAUGCUAAAGCUAUUGUUGUGCAGAUAUUAAGUGUUGUUGCGUUUUGUCAUCUUCAAGGUGUUGUGCACCGUGACCUAAAACCAGAGAAUUUUCUUUUUUCUAAUGGAGAUGAGAAUGCCCCGAUGAAGGUUAUAGAUUUUGGUCUCUCUGAUUUUAUUAGGCCCGAUCAACGUCUCAACGAUAUUGUUGGCAGUGCGUACUAUGUCGCACCUGAAGUACUCCAUAGAUCAUAUAGUCUCGAAGCUGAUAUCUGGAGUAUUGGGGUAAUAACAUAUAUAUUGUUAUGUGGAAGCAGACCUUUCUGGGCACGAACUGAAUCAGGAAUUUUUCGUUCUGUGCUAAGAGCUGAUCCGAAUUUUGUUGAUUCACCUUGGCCUGGGAUAUCAGCAGAAGCCAAAGAUUUUGUCAGAAGGCUUCUGAACAAGGAUCACAGGAAGAGAAUGAGUGCUGCCCAAGCACUGACUCACCCAUGGUUGCGAAAUGAAAAUUGUGCUGUGCCUUUAGAUAUUCUGAUCUACAAAUUGAUCAAGUCAUAUGUAUGUUCCUCACCUCUAAAGCGUGCAGCCCUUAAGGCUCUCUCAAAAGCCUUAACGGAGGAUGAACUUAUUUACCUGAGGGCUCAGUUUAGGCUCUUGGAACCAAAGGAUGGUCGUAUCUCACUCAAUAAUUUUAAAAUGGCUCUCACGAAAAAUACAACGGAUGCCAUGAAAGAGGCUAGGGUUCCCGAUAUUUUGAAUGUGAUGGAGCCACUCUCGUACAAGAAAAUGGAUUUUGAAGAGUUUUGUGCCGCGGCGAUUAGCCCAUAUCAACUUGAGGCUGUCGAAGGAUGGGAGAGUAUCGCAAGCACUGCAUUUGAGUUCUUUGAACAAGAAGGAAAUCGAGUAAUUUCAGUUGAGGAAUUGGCUCGGGAAAUGAAUUUGGGCCCAGUUGCUCAUUCUUUACUCAGGGAUUGGAUUCGAAGUUCUGAUGGAAAACUCAGUUUCCUAGGGUAUACCAAGUUAUUGCACGGUGUGACAGUCCGAAACACCAAUGCUAGACAUCAAUAGAUUUACUCUUUGUACCAACACAGAAUUUUCAGUAGAAUUUAUUUCCCUGUAAGUGUUCUCAUUCCCUUUUUCUCAAAGGUUUUCUGAAGAACCGUGGUGUAGAAAUGAGAGUAGACCGGCUUGAGAUUGUCGGGCCAAUUUUUUUACCAUUCCGUUUCAUCCCUCUUUCCCUACCCUUGUUUGCUGCUAAAGUUAACUACUUAUCGGUUGUACCCGAUUGUUCUAUUGUUCCAAUGGGAUCAUUCCCUCUGUUAAUGUAAAAUUCCCAACAUAUUGCGAGCAUACUCUAUAAAUAUUGUAUUGUAGAUUGCCCUAUAAA